AUGGCAGAAGUUAACACAGAAGAUAUUGAUGUUGCCACAGUGAUGGGAUUCACUGAAUUUGGAACCCAGCCUAAGAACAAGUGCAAGGAUAGAGGUACAUCAUCAACAUCCACACCCCAACACACUUCACUUCAAAAUAAUCCUACAUAUCCUCCAUACCCAGCACCCCAACCAUCGACAUUGCCACCACCAUUACCCCCCCGUCCACCAUUUCCAACUUCCGCCGGAACCAAACGAAAAUUCCCACCCUUUUCCACAGAGCAAGGAUAUAUUACCCCUGAAGCUUAUCUUCAGGAAUUUGAGAACAGCAAUACAUCCAAUAACAUGUCGCCAAACCAGAAAAGAACUGGAAAGAAGAAGACUCAGCAACAUGGUGAGGAAAAUGGACCUGAAGGAGCCGAAGCGACCACUCGCACCGCCCAUCCACAUAGGCAUAGAGAAAGCAAUGUGAAUAGGACACCAAGCCCUACCACAGACUACCAGGCGCCCAAUGGCACCGUCCUUACACCCCAGGAGCUCAGAGAGCUCAAGUUCGGCGUGCGGAACCAAAAUGGCGACAUGGUUUAUUUCCAGCCAAGCUUUAUCGAGGAUGAUCCGUGGGCAGAGUUGGAGGAGGGUGAGGAUUGA